AUGGUCUGGCACGAAGACGCCGUGCCAAAUUAUCAUGAUGAGUCUGCGGCAUUCUGGAGCUGGUCUGUGCCCCUGAACGAAAAGGGAUCCCUCUUGUCGCGACAUUGCUUCAUUGGCUUGCCUUCCAGUCGCAUCUGCGCCAAAACACGAGAGGCAGUGCUGGCUGUGCUUGAGUGGGACCUGAGAUCCUUGAAAACUGGAUGUUUUGCAGAUCGCGACCAUUUGGACGUGGUUUUCCCAGAAAACAGCUUCAGGGGCAAGAGGGCAAAAACCCCGAUCAUGGGCGACAAACGUGCCAUCUUCUCGUGGUGGAAGGGUGACCAGGAAGCCCACAUGCUCAGCCACCGGUUGAGAAGGAAUUAUUUGACCAACAACUGUUGCGACCUUUGCCUUGCCCAGAAAAGACUUCGUGGCCUCACCUACGCUGACUUUACGAUGGCUGCCAACUGGCGACGUCAGAUGCAUGAGUUCCUGGGCAUGGCUUCUGACACACCGUUCGACAAUGUCCUGUUUACUUUUACUGCACGCGCCAAGCUGUGGGCUCGUGACCGUCGCCUGGACGUCCACAUCAAGCCGCUGACGGUGGCAUCGCUGGGCAAAUCGGACAGCGCCAACUACCCUGAGCUGUCGUCACGCAUCAAAGCAUCUCGAACGAGGAACUUGCUGGCGUUUGUGACACACUUUGCCAUUGACGUAGAGCGGGCCGUGCCGUGGACUGCAGAUGCUGACUUUAUUCACUGGAAUCAAGUUCGUGCCGCUAUGCUCUGGUCCUUGGAUUCCGCUUUGUCGCUCUUCGGCAAAGGCCAACGACCGUUUCUCGCUCGACAUGAAGCCUCUCAAGGCACUGCUUUGCUGCAAUUGCACCUGGAACUCUGGCAAAGGAUGGCUCGGCAAUGCUUGCUUCGCAAGCAAACUCUGUACAAAGUGAGGCCGAAACACCAUUACUUGUGUCACCUGAUAUCUGACAUUGAACGCAAUGCUAUCAACCCCAUGUUCUUCGCAAACUUUGCAGAAGAAGAUUUCAUGAAAUUCAUGAGAUCUUGUGCCCACGCUUCCCAUCCGCGAACUAUGUUGAUGGCGUGGAGUGCUCGAUAUAUCUUGAAGAGAUCCAUGAUGUGGCGCCGUCUGCAGAGUGAAAAAGGUUGGCUUGUGCACCAUGUCUGA